AUGAAUAUGCGACCGUUGAAACGGCCCCGUCUUGGGCCACCGGAUGUGUACCCGCAGGAAGCAAAACAACGGGAAGAUGAGCUAACGUCCACGCACGUCAAACAUGGUUUCGCGACGGAACAUAAACUGUCCGAGGAGUUCGGCACCGCACGGAACUGCAAUGUGUCGGCGAGUAAGGUCGGUGCGUACUUUAAUGCGAUUCUAGCCAAAAAGGAGGAGCUGAUGACACUGCCCGAUUCGGGACGAAAGAAGCAGCAAAUCAACCCGAAGGAUAACUUCUGGCCUGUCACGGCUCGCAACAAGACCACCCUGGAUACGUGGUUUAAAGAUCUGGCCGGAACGAAACCAUUAAGCAGCUUGGCGAAGAAGGCACCGUCGUUUAACAAGAAGGAGGAAAUAUUCGCAAUGUUGUGUGAAAAUCAAGUCACGAUGCAGCGAGCAGCUUGGUUUAUUAAGCUGAGUUCCGCUUACACCGUGGCUGUUUCGGAGGCCAAAAUAAAGAAGCGCCAAAUGCCCGAUCCGGCAACGGAAUGGACGGGAACGAUGAUAAAGUUCAUGAAGGAUCUUAUACCGAAACUGCACGAACAUUAUCACCAGGGUCCGCUGCAGGAGAAACCGUCCACCGGUAGUGCGGCAAGUUCCGGUGGAAUGAGCAGUACAAAUAGCGCCCUUGGGUUGGGCUCUGGAGCGGGAGGAACCAAUCCUUCAACAAUUCCGCCACCCCUAUCCAGCCCGGCCGGAAGUAUGCAUAGUCCGGCCAGUGGUAACCCAGUCGGAGGGUCGAUGCAUGGCCAACAGCAGCAACAACAGCAGCCUCCGAUUUCUCCCCAGGAGGAGCAACGAAUAGCCCAGCGGCAGUGGAAUUACAGUACCCAGCUGUGCAAGUACAUGUACGAGGAGGGUUUGCUGGACAAGCAAGAGUUCCUGAACUGGAUUAUAGAUUUGUUGGAAAAGAUGAAAUCUUCCCCGAACGCGGACGAUGGGUUGCUGAGAAUUUAUCUACCAUUGGCAAUGCAGUACCUGCACGAUUUUGUUCAAUCGGAACGCUUCUGUCGUCGGUUGGCGUAUGCGGUGUCGAAAAAGUUAGCCCAACUGAUAAAUCAGAUGGCGGAGAGUCAUAACAUCAAUUUGAACGCACCCGAUCCGGAUGGUAAACAAUCGUCCAACGAAAUGACCGAUAGCAAACAGGACAAGCAACAGGACAAACCGGUGAAAGAGGGUACGAACGGGUCCAUGACACAAUCGACGGAUACAGGCCCUCCGAAGGUGAAUCCGUACGAGAUGAUUUUCGCCGAAUAUUUGCACUGUUCCCAUCAUCGAGAUGUUGUGUUGCAGCUGUCGUCCAUACUGCAGGUCAUCACACUUGAAUGUCCGACCGCGCUCGUUUGGUGUGGAGUUGGAGAAACUCGUUCCUCGUCGGUGCUCUCAGGUAGUCCGCUGGACCACUUACUAGUGGCACCAUCGGCACUACCGAUGCCGACUCGUUACGAAAAUUCCAAUGAGGACAUUCGCCGACAGCUGUUUGAAGCUGAAGAAAGCAUCAAAGUGCGCUCCAGGCAUGCCGAAUCGCGUUGGUGCAUCGACAAGUGGCAGACCGCUGCCGGAAACGCAAGCCUAAAGAUACUGGCCACACUGGACGCGCUCGAUGGACAUUGUUUCGAUCGGAUGGAUUCGAAUAACUCGCUCGAUUCGUUGUAUACGAAGAUAUUCCCACUGUUCCAAGUGCAACUGAUCAAAGUGUCUGAAAGCACUCCUACAGGAGGAGGCGGCAACGGGCAAGGCAAUGUCGUCGGUGGAGUGAACGCUGCAGAUGGGAAAGAUGCCGCCACAAAGCAGUUUGAAUACAACGUUGAACAAGAUUCGUCGAUUGUGAAGAUUCUCUGCGAAUGGGCCGUUUCGUGGCAGCGAUGGGGCGAACAUCGAGCGAUGGUAGUAGCCUGGCUGCUUGAUAAACGGCAGAACGAAGUGUUGACGGCGCUGGAAAACGAUAGCUACAACAAUACGCUCAACAACUCGGAUGACAAAGACUCGGUACUGUCGGGCAGCGGGUUAAACGGAGGCCAACCCGUCUUUCAACAUAUCUUGAUGAACUUCCUCGACCAUCACGCGCCGGUCCUGGAGGAAGGAGGCAGCACGCAGAACAAGUCCCAGUUUACGAACCUCGUUCAUUUGUUUAGCGAACUAAUUCGCCAUGAUGUGUUUUCACAUGACGCGUACAUGUGCUGCUUAAUCUCGCGUGGCGAUCUACUCACAGGCGCCGGUGGUAUGCUGUCACUCGAUAGCCAUGGGAUGUGUAACGCUGGGCUGGGUACUGGCCCAAUUUCGAACAAACCAGCCACCAGCUCGUCCCCGAACAAUGGUGGCGGAAUGGAGGAUGAUGUGUUGCAAACGGAUUUUAAGGCUAAACUGGAAGAUUUGGAUGAUUCGAAUGUGGAUGACGAUCUGGACAAGCUGUUGCAACACAUUAAAGAGGAUCAGCAGAACUCGAUGGAUGCACCGGACAGCCCGAAAGAUCCAGAACAUGCAGCUCCAUCAGUAACCGGUCUCGGUAAAGCUGAAUCGUCUAGCCGCCAUUUUCUGUACACCGAACACUUCCCGCUCUGCCAAGACGAUCCCAUUUCUCAGCAUGAUUGCAACCAGCGAUACAUCCUGCUGUACGGAGUGGGCAAAGAACGGGACGAAAAGAAGCACGCAGUAAAGAAAAUGUCAAAAGAAAUCUGUAAACUGUUCUCGAAGAAGUUCAGCAUCGAUGUGGCCGAAGGUGGCAAAGUGAAGAAACAUUCGCGCAGUGAAUUUAACUUCGAGUCCACCUCGAACAAGUGUCAAGCAAUGUCGUACUUUGACCAACACGUCGUCACAUGGCAGUGUGCGGUGCAGGUGCAGGAAAUGCUGAACGCAUUUGCAGUCGGCAAUAGCAACUAUCUGCCGGUCCAAGAGCACGUGGCGUUCCUGUUCGAUUUGAUGGAGUCUGCCUUCAACAUUUACGGGCUGAUCGAUACUUGCAUCCAGAUCUUGCGUGAGUUGCCCGAGGUGGAGCUACAGUUGAUUGGCAAAAGUUCAAUGGCACUGGUGCGCAGCUACACGACGUCGCUUAGCCUGUAUGUGGUGGGUGUCCUGCGACGGUACCAUUGCUGUUUGUUGCUUUCCCAGGAACAAACGACAGCGAUCUUCGAAGGACUGUGUCGAAUAGUGAAGCACGUGAGCAAUCCGAGUGAUUGCAGUUCGGCAGAGCGUUGCAUUCUCGCCUACCUGUACGAUCUGUACUCGGCAUGUUCGUCCUUAAAAUCACGGCCCCAGCAGGAACCCUUCCACAAUGCGUACCCGAAGAUCAAGCAAGCGCUAUACACACCGCUCCAACCGACUCCGUCGGCGCAUACGUACAAUCCGCAGUUCAUGAUUGAGAUCAUCACCAAUCCACGGCGCGGUGGAAAGAUCGAAAGUGCCUGGGCCCGGCAGCUGAACGAAUCUGCCUCCAACCGCUACAGCUUCGUGUGCAACGCCGUUGUGGCGGUUACGCGUGACAUUGACAACGAUUGUCUGAACGACAUCGCAGCAAUGUGUGCGGAACUGACGGCGUGCUGCAAUUCGCUCAGCACCGAAUGGUUGGGUGUGUUGAUCGCACUGUGCGGUUCGAACCGUGAUGCCGGUUACUACGUGGAUGUGCUUACGCAGGUGGAUGUCCAGAAUACCAACAUCCACAACGCACUGUCCGUGUUCACGAGCAUCCUGGUGGCGCGACACUGUUUCUCGCUGGAGAACUUUGUGGCACACGUGGCCUUACCCUCGCUGGUGCAGGCUUGCAAAGGGCGCGGUGAAACAACGCCGGAAAUAGAAGCAGGCGCCAGGCUGUCCUGCCAUCUACUGUUGCGGCUUUUCAAAACUAUCGAAUGUCCACAACCGGGUCUGUACUCGGUCAGCACGUCACCCAACCCGAUAACGGUCGGGAACGCGCACAACAUUAAGCUGAGCUGCGAUCGACAUCUGCUAGCUGCGGCACACAAAAACAUUGGUGUGGCACCGGUGCUGGCCGUGCUGAAGGGCAUUCUGGUCGUGGGUGAUGCAACGGCGCACAAGGUAUCGUCGAUAUUUGGCACUGGCAAGCGUAGUGGGCUCAAUACGCCGGUACACCCAGGCAGCACGCCCAAGAGUAUGGCCGGUUCGGGUGAUUUGAGUCACAUUCUAGGCACGAGCGAUCUUUCCAUCCUGGGAAAUCCGGACGAAUCGAUGCUGGAUGUUUCGAUGAUCGAACUGGGGGAACUCUCUCCAACCGCCUCCGCUCGAUUAUACUCUAGCAGGUGUGCGAAUGGUUUGCCGUAUGAGCAACAAAAUUCUCAUCUAAACCAGGAGAACGCGACAAGUCUGUCCGAUUUCGCGCAACAUGUGCUGCGGCAAAUUUGCUCACAGGAAUGGGUGCUGGAACGCUGCCUUCAACAUGCGGAAGAACUAUGCCAGCAUGGUAUGCUGAUCGAUAAUCUGCUGACGGCAAAGCAAGCGCAACGAUUACUCCACAUGAUCUGCUAUCCAGAGCACGAAUCCAACCUGAUUGCGGAACUCGAUCAAAAGGCGAUCAUCGUGCGCAUAUUGGAAAAUCUGGAACAAUGGUCACUGCGCAUUUCUUGGCUAGAUUUGCAGCUCAUGUUUAAGCAGACCAACUGCAGCUCACCGGAUCUGUCCAACUGGUUGGAUAUGGUAGCAAGGGCAGCUAUCGACGUGUUUCGCGUCAACGAGUUCGUCAUGAGCAAUCCGGAAGCGAAACAGGAGAAGGUAAAACCGUCGACAUGGUUGGUGGCACCAUUGGUUUCGAAACUGCCGAGCGCGGUUCAGGGAAGGAUAUUGAAAGUGUCGGGACAAGUGCUGGAGAGUACGAGCAUGUUUAGCAAGCACAAGGACGGCAAUGGGGGUAAUAAUAGCAGCAACAAUAACAGCCACAACCACGGAGCUAAUAGCAACAGUUCGGUCAGCUCGAAUGGUAGCACCUUCGGCAGCAAACAGUCGUCGCAGCUAAAUCAUCAACCAUUCCUUGGUUUGGUACUGACCUGCCUUAAGGGGCAGGACGAACAGAAGGAAGGUUUGCUUCAAUCGCUUUACUCUCAGUUGUCGCAAUUCCUACAGAACCGGGAUCAAAGUCUCGAAACCAUUGGCGGUAUUGAAGAUCCUUGUGGAUUUGAGAAAAUGCUUGACGCGCUACAAUUGCGUUACUCGCUUGUUGGAGGACUAUUUGAUGCAAUUAUGAAAAAUGCCACCUCUACAACAGACUGGGCGAUUCUGUUUGCCCAGCUAAUCAGCCAGGGGGUGAUUGAUUUAAGCAACAAUUCGGAAUUGUUUACUACGACUCUCGAUAUGUUGGCCACACUGAUACAUUCAACGCUUGUCAGCGACAGCCAGACGGAGCGCGAUGAAAACAAGAAAUUGUACACAAAUCUCAUGAAGAAGCUACGCAAGGAGCUGGGGGACAAGAAUGGUCCCUCGAUCAAAUACGUUCGACAGUUGCUACCGCUAGCGAAGCAAACAUGCGAAGUUCUUACCUGCGACUCGGCAGGAUCAUCAACGGAUGCGAAAGGCAAUAAAAUCGCGAUUGACAGUAUUGAAAAGAAGAAUGGUCUUCGGUUAGGAGAUAAACAACGUGUGAGCGUUUGGGAUCUCUUGGAAGGUCACAAAAAUCCCGCUCCCUUGUCAUGGGCAUGGUUUGGUGCGGUGAAAAUCGAACGCAAACCUUUAGCAUAUGAAGAAACGCAUCGUUUGUUGAAGUAUCACACGCACAGCCUUUUCAAACCGAGCAGCUACUAUUACGAGCCGCUUCCAUUGCCUCCCGAAGAAGUGGACCCAAUACCCGACAAGCUUAAGGACGAUAUGAAAGCUGAUACACCUUCAUCCGAUCAAUCGCCGGCACCGAGUACGGGCUCAAAGAAGAGCAAAACAACACGCAAAAGGAAACCGAAAGCCACACCAGCUGCACAGGUUCAACAAAGCCAACCGCAACAACCAAUCAUGCCCGCGAUUGUACCACAAACCGCUGCAGGACCUCAGCAAUUGCAGCAAAUGCAACAACAGCAGCAGCAGCAACAGCAACAACAGCAACAACAGCAACAGAUGCAACAACAACAAUCGCUACAACAGCAGCAACACUUGCAGCAGCAGCAGCAGCAACUACAUCUGCAGCAGCAACAGGCCCAGCAACAGCAGCAUUUGCAGCAACAACAGCAGCAACUUCAACAAUUGCAACAACAACAGCAACAGCAGCUGCAGCAGCAGCAACAGCAGAAUCAAAUGAUGAUGCAGCAACAGCAGCAAGGCAACAUUCCGCAGCAGCAGCAAUCUGCGCUGCAGCAACAGCAACAACAGCUUGGAUCGCAACAACCACAACAGCAACAGGUCGCUAUGACACCGCAGCAAACACUACAGCAGAUGCAAAACAGCAGCAUGGGCUCCAUGCAAAUGGGUGGUCCAAUGACCUCUAUGAACCAGCAGCAUAUGCAACAACAGUAUGGUCAAGCCAACCCGGCCCAGCUGGUCGCACAAGGAAACAUCGGUGGAAUGCAGACGGGAAUGGGCGGACUCGGCACCGGAAUGGGUGGUGGAAUGAUGAAUCAGCAGCAACAGCAGCAGCAGGCUCCACAGCAACAGCAGCCUCAGCAAGCCCAACAAGCGCAGCAAGCACAACAAGCCCAACAGCAGCAGCAACAACAACAACAACAGCAGGCUCAAGGCAAUCCAAAUAUGGGCUUCGUCGGCAACGUGAAUCCCAUGGCACAGUUGGCUCAACAGCAAGGAGGUAACCAACAGUGGGGUGGUUACGGGUCCAUGCAGCAACAGCAUCAACAACAGCAGCAACAACAGCAGCAGCAGCAGCAGCAGCAACCACAGGCACAAGCACAACAGCAGCAGCAAACUCCACAGCAAGCUCAGCAAGCAUCACAGCAGCAAGGAUCCCAGCAAGGACCCCAGCAAGGAUCUCAGCAAGGACCGCAGUCCCAGCAGCAGCUGCAACAGCAGCAGCAAAUGUUCUAUUCCGGAAUGGGUCAAGCAACGAUGACACGCUUCGAUCGGCCACAGUUGAACACAAACUCAAAGCAGGCUCUCUCGAACAUGUUGCGUUCAAAGCUGCCAAUCAAUGCUGGCCAUCCGGCUGGUUUUAUGCAACCCCAGCAGCAGCAGCAGCAGCAGCAGCAACAGCAACAGCAGCAGCAACAACAACAGCAGCAACAACAACAGCAACAGCAGCAACAACCUCAGCGAAACCCUCAGCAACAGUUUAUGCGUGGUCCGUUGCGGGCUGGUAUGCCGGGCAAUCCGAUUGUCGGUGCACAGGCCGGUAUGGGUCCGAUGAACCCGACCAUGGCUGGUGGCAAUGUGGGCCUUGUUGCUACGGCAACCGGUGCAGUGAUGGGCCCUCAGGGUAUGGCUGCUGGUGGUAUAUUGGGAUCAGGGCAAGGUGCUCAAGGCCAGCAAACUACCGCAGGAAUAAUGAAUCAAAAUGCACCGGCCAUGAUGGGCAACGCCGGGGGCUCGAUUAUGGGUCAAUCGGGUGGCAGUAUGAUACAGACAAGCAUGAUGAAUCCUCAGCAAAAUCCAGCCCUGGUUGGACAGGGAAUGGGUAGUGGCGGCGGAAUCGGAGGUGCAGGCGGCAUGACUGGUAACAGUGGUAUGGGUGGAAACGCCGGAGGAAUGGGAGCCAGUGGCGGUGGUAUGGUAACCUCUGGAGGAAUGGUUAGUGCCGGAAUGGGUAAUGCAGGGAUCGGCAAUGCAGCUCCUAUGGGCGGUGGACAGGGCGGUAUGGGCGGUACCAGCGGAAUGCCGAACACGGGUGGAAUGGGAAAUCCGUCCAUGAGCAACGCUGGCAUGGGCAUGCAAAAUAUGCAGCAGUCGGGCAACAUGCAGGGUAGCAUGUUCCAGGGACAAAACGUUCCUUACCAAAAUGUCAAUCAGAAUUAUCCCAACUACGGCAACCAGGGCAUGGGACAGCAAGGUGGACAGGGUGGCGCUAUGAUGGGUAACUUCAACCAGAUGGCCCAACAACAGCGCACUACUCAGGCAGAGUUCCUGGCUCAACAGCGCGCAGCAAUGGCCGCCGGCCGGGGUCAGUAUGCGCAACAUGCACCGAAUGUGACGAUGGGCAAUAUGGGUGUAAAUCAAGGUGCAGUACCACCAUACCCGCGACAAGGUGGUAAACCGGGCGUUGGAGGUAAUAUUCCACAGAAUCAGCAACAGUUCCAGCAGCAACGGAUGCGUUUGAUAAUGCAGCAGCAUUCAGGUAUGGGACAAGGAGGUAAUGCGCAAGGUAUGAUGCAGAAUCAAGGGCAAGGUAUGAACACACAGCAAACGCCCAAUCUGGUGGCUCAGUUGCAGCGCCAGAUGCCCAACCAGAACAACAUGAUGGGACAGCAGUACCCUCAUCAGCCUCCGCAGUAUUAA